UCGACCACAACGCUCCGCUUCACUGCUCGCGCAGUACCCGUCAUGGACCGCGCUUCCGCCCGCCGGAUCGCCGUCGCGGCGGCGCUGCACCUCCUCGCCGCACUCCACGGCGCCGGGCCCUGCGCUGCCGCCGCCCGGCCGCUGGUGGGGAGGCUGCCCGCGGCGGCCUCCCGGGCGGCGACGUCCGCGCUGGCGGUUGCCCCGACUGCCGCCCACCAGCGGCGCGCGGGGGUUGGUGGCGACGCGGCCGCCAGGGAGGGCAAGUGGCUGCCGUUCGCCGGCGCGCACCACCUGCCGGCGGCGUACUGGGCGCACAAGCCGGUGCCGAGCUGGGUCGGGCUCGGGGCCGGAGCCGGCGAGCUGGGCGGCGGCGCUGCCGGCGCCGCGGAGGGCGCUGAGGGGGAGGAGGAGGAGGCCGUGCGCGACGGGGAGCGGCGUCGUCGUCAGCGGCCGUCGUACGCGGGCGACGGGGCGUCCACCCGGCAGGAGCAGCUCGCCAUGUGGGCGUCGCUGCUCAACCCCAAGCGGAGAGGGGCCCCGGCCACGGGGUGGCUGCCGGGGCCGGGGAUCGGCGAGGCGGCUGACGACGAGCCGGCCAAGCAGGCGUUAGACACCGCUGUCGUCGAAGGGGCGGAGGGGGACGAACCGUCGGCCGGACAGAGCUUCUGGGGGAACAAUGGCAACUGAUGAAGACAGCGCUGGCUUGGCACGCUGCUGCUUCGGCAGACGGGGGCACAUAUUUCUUGGCCUGCGAGUUUCAUUUUAUAAAUAAGAUACGAUGUUAAUAGUA